CGACGCUCUCGAUCUGUCCGUGAGAGGCGCGCGGAGAAACAACGCGGCGGCAGUCUACGAUCGCAGCCGCUCGGCGUCGGCUGAAACUCAGGGAAACACCGCAUUGCCUCGCGAUGCCGUGGGCGUGGCCUCCUCCCCCACACCCACCCGCCACGCCCCCAGCGGCCUCGAUCUAUCGAUAGGGAACCACAAUUCGCGAUCUCUCCACUUCACCUUCCCCCGGGAAGGCGUUCCUUCCGCGGCCCGCCGCACCCCUCUCUCAUCCCUUCUCUUCCGGAUUCCGUCACCGUCUCUUCCGCUCUCCCCUCCCGUUCCUCCCUUGCUGUCGACGCCACUGUCGUUUCCCGCGAAAGAGUCCGAAUCGCCCGUGAUUCCCACACGCAAAGAUGGCGGCGCGACGAUGACGUCAUCGGGUCGGCGAAACCCGAAGCGGGGUCGUGACGUCAGAGCGAAGUCGACGACGAAACUCGGAGAGACGGACGCGAUUGCGACGCCAGACGGCGCUGUCAUCGACUACACGAGGAGCUACGCGCGUUUCGCGCAGCGGCCGAGAGGUGGCGCUGACGGCGAGCAUCCCGGGGAACCCAUCGUCCCAGCGGCCAUCAGUGCAUCAACAGAUCCCAAGCCCGACGGCGGCCGCAUCAACGACGCCCUCUACCGGCUCGCCAACUGCGCGCCGUCGUACAAGCUGCUCGGCGGUCGGCACGUCGUCGGCGCGUACACGCUGAAGGCCGAGCGACGCAAGCUGCAGCGCGCCUUCACGUGCACCGUCUGCGACCGCAGCUUCGGCUACAAGCACGUGCUGCAGAAGCACCAGCGCAUACACCGCGGCGAGCGGCCAUACAGGUACGUGCGUGGACAGGUGAGGGGUGAAAGGUGA